AUUACAAGGCGACGGUUAGCGCGUGUUUACCAAUUUCGAAACCACGAGAUUUUCGAGACAAAGCAACAUACCAACAAAUAAAUAAUCCCCAUAACAAUCCAGUGGAUAUUAAAACCCCAGUGACUUAAUGCAUCAGUUAACGUGAUAUCGCGCCAAAUUUUUUCCGUUCUUUUGUGUUCUCCGUUUUGUUUCCCCUCCCACAUCAAAAACAGUGAAAAAAAAAUAAGAAUAAUAAAGGAGCAAGAAAGACCGAAGACAGUGGAUUAAUCGUAAAACCGCGGGGAUAAAUUGGCAAAAUAAUAUCUUGUUGUUUUUUUUUUUUGCUGAAUAGUGAAGUGCAAAAUACGGUGCACAAAGAGGAGAGUAACGAGAGCAAAACCGGUUUUAUUUAACGUGUGUCUUUUUUCUUUUUUUUUUUCAUCGUUGUCUGUGUUGAAUCCGAAAAUCGGAGGGAUUUUUUGAAUUUAGUGUGGAGUGGGAGAGGAUCUUUUUGGAUCCGUUGAUAUUUUCUGCACAACGGUGGAGCAAAACGGCCUCAAACUGUGGGGCUCUGGGGCGUUCUUUCUUCCUCCACAAGGGAUGUACUACCCUGUAAGUGUCCUGAAUGAUUUUAGCGGAGGUAUUGGGCACGUGGUGCAGACAGGUAUGGCUGCGCCUUACGGUGGGGGUGUAUUUCCACCCCCUGUUAAUGGUGUAACUGGGGUAGUGGGUACAGCUGGAUCAACUGGUGAUGUUAAACCACCACCACCGGUUCCACCCAAGGAGGAAUCCACUGGGGCACAGCAGCAACAAACACCUGGGGUACCACAGGUACAAUCGACACAGGGUGCCCAGCAUCCGACUGCACCUGGAGCACCCAAUGCCACGAGUUUCAGUCCACCACCACCACCCAAUGGCGUUGACCAACAGGCUAUCUCGGAGGUAUUUCAGGCAGCAGUGGCAGCAGCAGCAGCAGCAGCAGCUAACAGCAGUGGUCAACAGACAGCACCAGCAUCAUCUGGAGGCAAUGAAACGAGUCAAGACACUGGUGUUGAGGGCAACAAUAUGGUGCCAGUAACAUCGGGUACAACGACACCUUCCACUGUCACACAGGGUACUGAUCUCAAAGGGCAACCCAAACGACUUCACGUCAGUAAUAUACCAUUCAGGUUCAGAGAUCCUGAUCUAAGAGCAAUGUUUGGUCAAUACGGUCCAAUACUGGAUGUCGAGAUUAUUUUUAAUGAGCGUGGCAGCAAGGGAUUCGGUUUUGUAACAUUCGCGAAUAGUGCCCAUGCGGACCAGGCACGUGAGAGGCUACACGGCACCGUGGUUGAGGGCAGAAAGAUUGAGGUGAACAACGCAACGGCUCGAGUGCAGACGAAAAAACCACCAACAGUGCCCAACGUUUGUGUCCAGUGGCCAGAGGCCGCUGCACUUCGUGGCGUUGCAAUUCAACGUGGAAGAGUCGGUGCUACCACGAGGGCAACAUUUCCAACUGGUGCUGCUGCUUUAGCGCUUGUCCGUAACCCUGGCCCACUAGCGGCAGCCGCUACUGCCCUUCAUCCCUUUGCACCUGCUGUCUACUAUGAUCCGUUUUUAGCCGCACAUGCAGCGACGCAAGACCCCAACUACAGGCUCCAGCUGGAAUGGCCGCAAGCAACAGCCGACGCAGCAGCAGCAGCAGCCGCAGCAUCACCACUCCUGAAGACACCCCUGUCAACGGCACAACAGGCGACGUAUGCCGCAGCUGCCACGUACACAGCAGUUGCGGCAAGGGCGGCCUACGGUGCAGCUCAACCAGUCGCUGGAUAUGCAGCAGUCACUGGAUAUGGACGGGAGUAUGCCGACCCCUACCUCGGACACAGCAUCGGACCGAUGACAAACUAUGGGGCGACGGUGUACAGAGGUGGUUACAACAGGUUCACCCCCUAUUAAAGCCUCGGAGAUCAUGACUAGAGCCCCCAGAAGCCCAUCAUUUCAUUCCCACGAGCUGAUGGACCCCUCGCCCACCGAAUCCCACAGAAUCUCCUGGUCCCUUCCUCUUCCCAGCCCCUGGGGUCUCGUCAAGUUCCUGGGACUCUGUAGAUUCGCACAAACCUCCUGAAGCUCCCCGAGAAGCAUCCACAUUCACCCUGGGAUCAUUCGCCAAAUUGUAAUAUAGUUGUAUAUCGAGUAUCACUGGAAUAUUCGCUUUUUAAUCGUUAAAAUUAUUUCUCCACAAUGCGGGUGAAAUUGAUUGACUCACGAUGAGACACUCGUGGUGGUGUCGGAAUUAAUCAGUUUUUCUCCCCUAAAAUAACAAUUAGGUAGCUAGAAUAAUUAGGAAUACGUGCGUUGGAUAGGUUUCUAUGCCAAAUAUGUGUGUAGGUCGUUCUACGAACCAAAACAGUUAACUUUAAACCAUUAAAGUGAAAUAUAACAUUUUAGAAUUUAUUGUUUUCCCUCGAUAAUCGUUUUUCCAUCGAUAAAUCAAUGAUUUUUAUCGACUGGAGAAUUGCCGAAGGGAUAAAAUGGCCUGUAGACACGAAUGCAGGGAAGGUGGAGGAAUUUUUGAAGGAACUUUUUUGUGGGAAAUUUUGUUGGCUAUAAAAAAGUUCCUUACGAUUACUUUCCAUCUCUCGUAGGUUACGAGGUAUUUGUGGAAAAUCUCACUAGAGUUGACUGUUUUAACUCUUUGCCACGGUUUGAGGGAUUCUUGAUAAGUCUAAAGUGUUUUUCAUAAUUUUCAAUUGGAUUCUGGUAAAAACAGGGUCUAGUCACACAGAAAAACAAUUACUGGACACAAUCAAACGCGUUUUUAACUCAUAGUUUACUAUAAUAUGAAUACUAUAUAAUUUAUGGAAGAAAAAAUUCAGUUGAUUGAAUUGAGGAACGUCGAGUGUGAGAUUAGAAUGAGUUUUGUGGCGAUUUCUCUAGACGUACAUGCCAACUGAUGAACGUACGUACAACUCGUAAAUUUAAGUCCAUCUGAAAUUGAAAAAAAAAAUUGAAAGAAAUCGACGAUUAACUUAUUUAUUUACCACUAAGUUAAGGCGAUACAUGACAUUGUUCUCUCUCUUUUUUUAACAAAAACAGUUCGUUUAAGUUAGGGUGUAGGAUAUAGCGAUUGAAUCUCGUAUGACAAUUUCUUACAUACAUAUAUAUAUUUUUUUUGGAAUUAAUUGCGCACACGAGAGUGAGAAACGUCAAACGCACACGAAAGACCAUUCUGAUGCACCAAGAAAACCCGCAUUAUCUCGGAGUCUAGGAGAGAUAAUGUAUUUUUUGUAAUAACUUUUUUUGUAGAGAAUUUCAAGACCCACAAAGAAGUUCUUAUGGAAAUUUUUCUAUCUCUGGUAGAUUCUGAAAUAUUCGGUAAAUGAACUUUCUUUUUGAAUUGCAUACAAGUGAUUUGCCAUUUUGGUAGUGAGAGUAAUAAUUUUGGGACUGGGAUUCAUUUUUUGGUGCAUCAUUGGCGAUUCUGGGAGGAAUUGGAGAGGUGAGAUGAUAUUUCGAGCAUUUUCCAUGGAUUUUUGGAUUAUUUUGGUGGGAAAGAAAGUGCACGAGACGAUAAAAACUGGAAUAAAAGUUUAAAAAUAAUUCAAGUCGUGUGAAAUAGCCAAAUAUGAAGAUGUUAGGGGAUUAGUUAAUGGCGUUCGUUAUGUUUUACUAUAAUCCUCGCUAGACUAGGCUAGUAAUUAACGGUUUAAAGUUAAAUAUCUGAUAAAGAUGAUUGAAAUACGAUGAAUCAUGAGACAAAACUAAAACAAAAUGAGAUUUUUGUGAGAUUUUUCUGUACAUAAAGACAAAUAGUGUCAUUGCACAAACUAAAAAUCAGUAAAUGGAGAUAAAUAUGAAGGGAGAGACGAUAAAUGACUAAUUGAAUGAUUUUUUCAUUGAGUGGAGUAGUUGAUGAAUAAUUAUUCAUCGUUUGUUGAUAAAUUAUCUCCAUCUCUACCUCCCACUCCGAUUACUCCACUCAAUUGUUAAAUUAUUAUCUCAGACAUACUCACUUUCUUGUAAUAGUUAUUCGAAGAAAGAUAAUUAAUGAGAAGAAAAAAAAACACGUAGAGUCUGUAAUAAAUAAAUAAAUUCAAUCUAGUGAUUAACUGUAACAGCCAUUGCAGAGUCCUCAACAAAUUACAUUAAUUUUAACCGCAAAAGGGGAAGAAAUUAGUCAUUAACGAAAUACAAAACUUUUGUAAUUAUUUUAAAGAUCGUUAUACUUUUUUCUAUCCAAUUUUUGUUCAUUUUUUUUCUCUUUUUUUUUGUAAUUAAUUAAAAUCCACUUGCUCAUGCGAACGGUUCAUGACAAUUUUUGCUCUCUUUCACUUUGUUAUUACACCCCCACCCCCCAC